AACUUCUACUAGUGCAACUUAAAAUCGCCUGUUAUUUCGAUUUCUCCCAGUAGAAAUUCAAAUUUUAAUCUCUACUAGUAGAAUUUUAAAUUCUACUGAAUUUUAAUUUCUACUCCAACAUAUAUAUAAAUAUUCAUCGCUUGAAACAAAUGAAGGUGAUCGAUUGUUGACAUAUGAGAAGAUAAACUUCUUUCUGAUUAACAACUGAGUAAUGACCGACUACUUUCACAUGAAAUAUUUUACAUCAAAAGUAUGCAGAGAUAUUCCUGUUAAAGUUAUUUUCUGCAGCAUAUGGCAAAAAAGUCUACUGCAUAUUACCAUCUGAUACAAAACAUAUUUUCACAUAUUCUCGCCUAAAUCUUACUAAAGGUCAUCAUCUAUUUGAUUCUUCGUAUGUGAGUCACUGUUCAUAAUAUAUUUCCAAAUUUUUCAACAUUUUCAUGGCUGAAAUUGAGAAACAUAAUUUUUCUUUUAUCAUAGAUUCUACCUAUAAUUGUCUUUUUGUUUCUUUCAAAUAUGCAUUUUGAUUUAGUUGAUUAAUCAUUUUGUUCAUAUGAAAGACAUGGAUAAGAUUUUUUUCUAUGUUCAGGUUGGCCUAUGAGUGCAUCUGGAACAGUUCAGACUAAUUGGACUGCUACUUGGUAUGGUGUCAUUGAAGCCUAUCCGGAAGGUGUAUUAGGCAAUGGCUGGAAUGUGACAUUUGAGAUUGGACCCUAUCCAACGGUUGAUAACAGUUGCACCACGUGGCGAAGCAUUUUUAAAGAGAACGGUACAAUUAAAGAUACUAAAGACAAUCGUCUCUGCCGAGGACGUGGUCCUGAUGAUCUCUAUAUUGAAGACGGUCGUAGUGGUGACAAGGUAGCAGUACGAUGGAUUCAUAACGUGUUAGUGUCAUCAUUUAAAUUUAAUGGUGUAUUUGCCGUCGUCAGCAUGCGAAUGCGUGGAGAUAUCCUUGAAGAAGAGAUUUUAAUUACUGAUGACAGUCCCGCUAUUCAAAAUGUCAUGGUGUCUGUACGAGUGCAUAAUUUAGCUUUUUGA